AUGGCGGCGGCGGACGCGCGGGUGGAAGACGGCGCGGCUGGUUUUGGCGGCUUGUGUAUGGUUGUCCGCAAUGCGCACUAUCGGGCCGUCCGGGCAAAGGACCUGCUCAAGGCUGUGGUGCCCGAGCUGAUGGCAACCAACGCAGCGGUGGCGGUUGCGGUGAGCGAGGGGCGGCUACGGAUGGUGAACGAGUCUGGUGGAGAGGCAGAGGUGGUGGACAUCCGGUCUGCUGCUGCAGCUGUGCCGUUGGGGGCAGAGCUGGUGCUGGAGCUCUCGCCGGUCGACGUCGCUCUGGUCUCGACCGAGGUGGCCACCACAGCCGAUGGCUCCAUCGUUCGCCGACGAGAGGUUGUUGUGCCCGAGCCGAUGACGGCGCUUGAGGCUGCGCAGAAGUUCUUUGCUGACAUGGGUGCACAGUCGCGGCGGUCGACGAAGCGCAUGAUGUUCCACGGCCUGUUCACUGCCGACGGUGGCAACUCGGUCCGCAAAGACCAUCAGCUGCCCGCUGGUGUGCGCCUCGCCCUCGAGCUUCCGCUCGAGUCGUGGACAAGCGCGCGUUGUCGUGCUGCUAGCGAGCGCAACAUCCACGUGGUGUGGGAGGAUCGCGACUUGGCCGUUGUGUCCAAGCCCAGCGGGCUGCGGAGUGCCGGCCAGGUCGACUCGGGAGCCCUGCAGGCGUUUGUGCGGGACAUGUUCCCGCUCGAUCGGCUGCCGCCCGAACUCAUUCCUGAUGACCGGAUGCCGCGAGCUCGGCUGGGAUACUUGCUCGGCAAGACGGUUUCAGGCCUGGUCGUGGUCUUCAAGUCGCGGGCGGCAGCCGAUGCCUGGGCUGACGCCGGUCCACCUGGUCGCCUGCUAUCUGCGGGGCGGCUUGACGAGCUCGAGUUUGACGCUCUUGUAGGCGCACUCAACGGCGUACCUGUCAGCGACGACGGCCUGGUCCGCUGCAUUGACGGAAUGGCGCUAGAGCUGGUGGAGAGCACGCCGUCGAACGCUGUCGGAACGCUGCUCUGGCUCCGCGGCCUGAUGGGCGGCGUAAGCCAUCCGGACGAGCUCUUUGGGGCGCUCGCGGGCUCGGGUGAGCUGGCUUUGAUUGAUCGCCAGGGGCGGACAUCCAAUCGCCGGCAUAUGCCGGCAAUGCUUCACGUCCGACGCAUAGCCUUUGCGCACCCGCGUACCGGAGAGCGUGUGGUGGUCGAAGCCCAGGCGCCAGUCCGAUUUCUCACGCUUCUGGAGCGCGAGGGACGGUUUGCCGCCGAGCGCGGUGCGGUCCGCAAAGCCACCAUCCAAGAUGCGAUUGCAAGCGAGGCCUCUGCGUGGACCGAGGCUGACGCGGCGGCACUGGCUAGCAUGCCCCUGGCGUACAUUGUGGGGUCGGCGACGUUCUGCGAUCUCUCGUUUGCGGUCACGCCCGCGGUCCUCAUUCCGCGACGAUCAUCCGAGGUGCUGGUGGCUGAGGCCAGAGCCGAGUUGGCGCGAAGCGCACGCACCCGGGAUUGUCUCCGCGUGGUGGACGUGGGCACGGGCUCGGGCUGUCUGCUGGUCUCGAUCCUGGCGGCCGGUAUCGAGGGCUCAUCACUCGCCGGUGUCGGCGUCGACAUUUGCCCGGACGCACUCGCUGUGGCACAGGCCAACGCCAGUCGACUCUUGUCACCUAACACGAAUGUGUGCUUUGUCGAGGGCGAUCUAGCUGAUCUCGGCGCUGUUGACGAUCGUGUCAAGAACGCCGACGUGCUGGUGUGCAACCCGCCGUAUGUGGCGGAGCCUCUCGCUGAUCGCCACCUCGACGACGAGACCGUCGAGCAUGAGCCGCUGCUGGCGCUACUUGGCGGCGAGGACGGUCAAGCUGGAUAUGUUGGGCUUGCUGCCUCGCUAUUGCGGAGCCCCGAACUGGUUGCGCCGGAUGGCGCGGUUGUUCUCGAGGUCGGCGUCCGCACUCGCCGCAAGGCCGUCGUCGACUUGUUUGCCGCUGCCGGUUGGAGUCUCGAUCGGGCGGUGGCCGGCUCUGGCAGUGAGUCAACGCCAAGCGGCUCGUCGGCUGGCUGGCUCGAGGUGCUUGCUGCGAGUGUGGCCAUGGCUGCGUCGACCGGCCUCGGCGCUGUGCCGCUGGUGGCAAUGGGCGAUGGCGGGGCGGCGGUGGCUUGCGCCACGGCGGUGGCGGUGGGCGUCAUGCUCGCAAUCUCAUUUGAUCUGGUGACCGAGGCCAUGGCCGAGCAUCCACUGCGGGGAGCGCUCGGCCUCCUCUGCGGCGUCCUGUUCAUCAUGUGGUCGUCCGAGACGGUGACCAGGCUUCGCGGGCUAUCACUGGCGGGACUGUCUGGGACAGCAGCGCGGCGAGCGCUGCUGCUUGUGGCGAUCAUGACGCUGCACUCGAUCGGCGAGGGAGUGGGCGUCGGCGUGGCGUAUGCAACGCCUGGCUCGCACGAUGGCAGCGCCAGCAUCUCGGGCCUGUACAUGGCGCUCGCGAUUGCGUGUCACAACAUCCCAGAAGGCUUAGUGGUGGCGCUGCGGAUUCGGGCCAAGGGCGGGUCGUUCCUGGCGGCGAUGGGGUAUGCGGCGCUGACGUCGGCGCCGCAGCCGCUUGUCGCGGUCCUGGCUUUUGUCUUUGCGGACACGUUUUCGCGGCUUGUUCCGCUGGGGCUCGGCUUUGCUGGCGGCUGCAUGAUUUGGGUGACGUUUGCCGAGCUUGUACCCGAGGUGCUCGACGACUUGCCGCCUGCGCUCGCCGGGAUGGUGGUGUGCGUGAGCGUCUCGGGCAUUUCGCUGAUCAAGGCACUACUUCCGAUGUGA